AUGCCUCUUGUGAAGCCUAGUUUACCACCCAGAGCGGCAUCAUCCGUCGAGCCGCAAGCACAACAAGUCCCAAAGUUUGCGCCUUGCCCUCGGUCAAGCUUUACUGGAGGACACACCGAUUGGUUCCGGAUUACUACACCUGUUCCAUUUCCAAACGUUGAUAUCUGCCCAAGCUGUUACAAUACUACCUUUCGCAACACAUCAUAUGCACGAUGCAUCUCCCAAUCUCCACCCAAGUCCACGGACGUAGCCACGAGAUGCGACCUAUCAGAUCGCUGGACCCGUGUAGCAAUAUACUGGAUCUUCUCUCUGAAUGCCCCAGACCUCAGCCUUCUGGGUCGCGUGGCGGAGAUGCAUGCGGACGAAGAUGGCCCUUGCCCGAAUCUCAACAUUGAGGACCCAGUGGCUCAAAAGGGAGGCAAGCCAGCUGUGACGCGAACCUGGUAUUGUCUCUGGAACCCAGGAACUGGAUCUCUUAUCGAGGACCUCACAGUCUGCUCAAGCUGCAUCGUCCGUCUCAACCUUAUCUUCCCGUGCCUCAAUGACAUUUUCCGGCCUGUGGCAAACGGUGCAAAACUGCAAGCCACGUGCGAUCUUCUCACCGCACAAAAUGAGAACGAAGGAAGGCGCGGGGAGCUUUACCUCGACAAAAUCGCCGAAACCGCCGCAGCCACCCUUGACUCUGGCCAUAGAGACACGCGCCCUCUGACCGCGUACUUCACGAAAUGGGCGCCCAUCCCCGUCUGCCUCAAGAGCCAACAGGUCCCGCCCGGCUCCACAAGCUACACCUUCCCGACUUCCAUCCCCGGCUACGCCGCCUGCCCCGAGUGCUAUAUCACCCACAUCGAGCCUCUCCUGUCCUCCGCCUCCCCGCCCACCAUCCUGCGCGAAGUCACGCCCAAUGUCCCGCCGCACGGCUACACGUGCGAUCUGUACUCGCCGCGGCUGCAGCAGUGGCUGGCGGACGCAUGCGCGAGCUACAAUCUCGACACUUACAAGCAGCGGCUCAUGCAGCGCGCCGCCAAGAUGCAGGAGUACAAUCUCAAGCUCGAGCAGAUGAAGCUGCAGAGCCAGCAGCUGGAGCGCCAGGCGCGAAUGUACGGGGUGCAGAUGCAGUCCGCGCAGACGAUGGAGCGCAUCAGUGCGAUACAGGGGACGACUAUGGGGUAUGGGUAUUAUCAUCGUGCGCCUUUGGAUUUCUCGCGCUCGUCGGCCGCGAUGGAUCAAAGCCACCAGGCGAUGCUGCAGGCGGAGAUGGUGCGGGAGAAUAUGGCGCUGCUGCGGCGGGAGUGGGCGGAGCUGUACGAGUAA